AUGAAACUCUAUUGCGUGGAAUCUCCUCGGACGCUUGUCCUUGUAUCAUCCACCCAUACAUUACUUUUCAAAGCAAUUCAUUCAGACACCAAUAAACCUCGAUGUGUCGUGGAAUUGGUAUCUAACGACAAAUUGGACUUGAAGUUUUCAAAAAAGCUCUGUGCAACGGAAAUCAGCGGAUUUCUCGGAUUGAUACAUGUCGAUGGACUAAUUUUCUUAGUGACCAUAACCAGAAAACAGGAGGUUGCCAAACCUUUUGAAGACCAACUGGUGAAUAAGAUCAUCAAUGUGGAAUUCUUUUGUCUAAAUAUUAAUAAGUGGGAUGAUUUUCUUUAUAGAUUGACCGAUACGAAUGCUGCAAAUGGGAUUUCUGGUGAUACAACUGAUAACUCCUUCAUGGGUCAGUUUGAUGAUACCAAUAACCCUGCGUCAGCCCACCCAUGUUAUGACUUGAAGAAGUUGUUAAGCGACGGUUCGUUUUGUUAUUCCACCGAUUUUGAUUUGACUAAUAAUUUGCAAACCAGAGGGGUUAUCGAUAACUCAUUGAUCAUUGACACAUACCAAGAGGAUUACAUGUGGAAUAACUUCAUGAUGGAAGAAAUGAUUCAAUUCCGUAACAAGAGCAGCGCCGCAGAUCAAACAAUUCUUGAUGAUAAUGGGUUUUUAACAACAGUGAUUAGAGGCUUUGCUAAAACUAAACCAAUUUCUGUAUCUAAUUCCAGGGCCAGUCUAUCUCUUAUUUCAAGACAAUCUUGCAAGCGUGCGGGUACGAGAUUCAAUUCUCGCGGGGUCGAUGAUGAUGGUAACGUGGCUAAUUUUGUGGAAACCGAAGUUAUUCUUAAUAUUUACGGGAAGAUCGUUUGCUCAUAUAGUGAAAUUCGUGGCUCCAUUCCUGUUUUUUGGGAACAAGAUGCUUCGCAGUUGACGCUUGGGACUCCAAAAGUUCAAAUCACUCGUUCAAAAGAGGCCACUAAUCCGAUUUUUGCUAAACAUUUCGACAAUCUUAUUGAUAAAUACGGAGCUAUCCAUGUGGUGAAUCUUUUAUCCAGAAAGGCUUCCGAAAGAGAAUUAUCCGAUCGCUACAAAUCUCAUAUCCUUGAUUAUCAAAAGGCAUCACAUCAUGAAAAUAAUCCAUUGUUGACGGAAUUUGACUUCCACCUUCAAACCAAAGGAGGAAACUACGCUGCUGCUAAAAACAUUCUCAGAUACCUCAAUGAAUCAAUUGAAGAUUUUGAGUAUUUCAGUUAUGACUAUUCGCAAAAGCUGGUGCUCACCAAACAGACUGGGAUUUUCCGGACCAAUUGUUUGGAUUGCUUAGAUCGUACAAAUGUCAUUCAAACCAUAACUUCCCUUAGUAUAUUCAAACUUAUUUUCGCGGACUUCAACCUCUCUGAUACUUCCUCGAGCCAAGAUUUGAACAUGACCCAUGAUAUGCUCUGGGCCGAUAAUGGAGAUCAAAUCUCUCAAAUUUAUACCGGGACAAACGCUUUGAAGUCGUCAUUCUCACGUAAUGGUGGGAAAAUGACUUUAGGGUUAUUUUUAUCUGAUGCUACCAAAUCUGUUACUAGAAUGUAUCAAAAUAAUUUUGUCGAUCAGAAAAAACAAGUCACUAUUGACACAAUGCUUGGGAGAUUGCCAGGUACUGCUUCAUCUCCGGUCAUAUUGUACGAUCCAGUUAAUGAGAGAGUGGAAAAGAGCUUGAAAAAAUUUGAGUCAAAAUAUGCUUCUGAACUGGUAAAAAGCAUGUUCAUUGGGACUUUUAACUUGAAUGGUCAUAAUUUCACUAAUCAAAAUAGAAAUGAUCUUGAAUCCUUGAUUAGUUGGUUAGUUCCGGAUAAAAACUAUUUCUACAGUGAGCAACCAGACAUUUAUUGUCUUGGAUUUCAAGAGGUGGUGGAAUUAAAUGCAACGUCGUUACUUAAUGUUGAUUAUUCUAAAUCCGCAAUAUGGCAAAAAACCAUCAAUGGGUUGCUCAAUGCCAACGGGGACACUUACACGUUGAUCAGAUCUGAACAAAUGGCAUCACUUUUCAUUCUCUUCUUUGCGAAGAAAUCUAUUGCUGAUAAGAUCACUUCAGUGGAAGGAUUUAGCAAAAAGACUGGUCUUGGCGGAAUUGCUGGCAACAAGGGUGCAGUCGCUGUCCGGUUCAAUGUUGGCGCCACUUCAUUUUGUUGUAUCAAUUCUCAUUUGGCUUCGGGAUCAAACGCAGUGGCGGAACGUAAUGCCGAUUACGAAUCUAUCAUGAAUGGGAUUUACUUCAGUAGAAAAGGUGGGAAAGUCAGUGAUCAUGAUAAUAUUCUUUGGUUUGGUGAUUUGAAUUAUCGAUUAACGAACAUUACUGGUGAAGAGGUUCGUGGACAACUCAAUAUGAACGCUGGUGAUAGUGAUAUGAGUCAACUAUUAAUGCGUGACCAACUCUUACUAGAAAUUCAAAGUAACAGAGCAUUUAAAGGAUUCAGUGAAGACGAAAUCACAUUCAGACCAACUUACAAGUAUGAUAAUUAUACCAAUGUGUACGAUACUUCUGAAAAACAAAGAACUCCAUCUUGGACUGAUAGAAUCUUGUUCAGGGGGAAAAGUUUGGUGCCAAUGAGAGACAGCUACGAUUGUGCCCAGGAGGUGAUGUUUUCUGACCACAAGCCGGUAUAUUGUUUAUUUGAGGCCAAUGUGACGUUUGUGGAUGAGGCUUUAAAAAGAAAAAUAUAUGACAAGCUUUAUGAGCAAUUCAAGAAAGAACUUCCACAAGACUCCAAUAGUGGGUCUCUUUUGGAUAUAGUCAAUGAGAAAUCACAGCGGAAAGCGCCAUCUAGAGUGAAUACAUUAGAGUCGAUUGAGAGUGGCUCAGAAAUAUCCUUGAGAACCCCACCUAGAGCAGGGACGCUUUUGGAUAUUAAUAGUGCUCCAUUACAAAGUCGUUAUGCUCCACCAACAUCCUCAAAAAGCUUUAUGAAUAACCAAAAUAGUAGCGCUCCUCAAUUAGAUUUGUUAUCACUUAAUGAUGAUGACUCAAAGCCAAGUCCACCUUUACCAAGACGCCGUAUGACCAAUCCAAUAGAAACCAAUAAUUCUGUGCUGCAAUUGAACAAUACUUCAAAAAAGACUAAUGUUGCCACUCCACCACCACCUCCAACUUCUAGAAAAGCUGAUGUUAAACUGGAGCCUGUUAACGAUCAAGCAAAUAGUGAUGCAAUCAAUAGUCAUCCUCCGGGGUUCUCCAGUAGUGUGCUUCUACCAAAAUCCAAGUCUAAUGUUCAAAAUAGACCACCUGUACCAACACCGCCUAAUAAACCGCAAACCCUUGAAUCAAUGGCAAAGCAACUUGAGAUAAAUAAAAAGCAAGUGUCAUCCCCAACCCCACCACCCACUGGUGUCGCUAGAAACCUCGCAGCAUCUCCACCACCAGUGCAGCCACGCACUGCUUCUUCUAGCACGGUUACCAAUCUCAACCAAAAUUCCAAUGGUGCUGGUAUGAGUCUCCCACCAGGAUUCUCUACAACCUUGAUCCCAUCCAAGAAGCCUGCAGUAAGCACUCCAGUAACUACAUCAAAGAAGUCUCCGGUACCAACUCCUACAACUCCUACUACUAAAAAACCCCCAAUUGUUCCAAAGAAACCCCAGAGUUUGGCAGGGGAACCAGUUAAAAAGGAUCAGUCGAUGAAUGAUUGGAAGCCAUUGGUGCCAAAAUGA